UGAUUCGUACUUCAUCGUGAGUGGAUCGUUCGUUGGUCGUUGUGGAUUUUUUUUUGUUUCGCGUCUCCGGUACUGUGGAAUACCUUCAUCGUCACCAUCGUGGUCAUUCGGCCGUCCGGUUCUAUUGUAGUGUGGCAUCGUCGCGGCGCCGUGUAUUAUUUUUAUCGUUUUGUUUUCUGGCCGCUUGUAUCUUAUUCAUGUAACUACUAUUUUCAUCGCUGAAUUAUUCGCGUGUAGUAGUUCACGAUUAGCAGGCUGUGUAGUUUUUGUUUAUAACCUUAAGUAGUCAACAAUCGAGUGGUGGUGUCAAUUGGAAGGCGAAGUCUACUUAGAUACGGAAAGGUUUUUGAGUGUGAGCGAAUGCUAUAAAGUAAAUUGUGAAAACAGCGUAAAGCAGAUCUAUUACCGAAAUUGAUGAAAGCUUAAAGUGAAAUACCUAAGUGAAUCGCAGUGAAUGAGAAAUCAAAUCUUACAAUUGAGGAUACCCAACCCAUCAUCGCGCCGAAAUCGGUUUUAAAAGUUAAUCCAAAGGCAAAGCGCUUACCUGUUCAGCGGCUCAGCCAGUGUUAUUUCCGUACAAGCUGUUGUUGUUAUUGCCGUAGUUAAUGCCAGUGUUGAGGUGAAGAAGUCUUUUCAACACUCAUACAAGUUCACUUUGCGAAACUCCAGCGUGGAAUACAGGCGCAAAGUACCUACCGAGAGAAGCCCAUAAUUGAGUAUAGAGUGCUGCUUACCGUCUUCGCUGAGGGCUAACCACUUUGCGUGGUGGAGAAGGAAGAAAGAAACUCGUCGUCGUCGGAGUCGUUGUCUGCAUUCAGCUGUUUCUGCCUUAUUGCUUGUGAAUUUACACACUCAUACCAGUUUGAGUCGACUUUGGUGUGAUUGACUUGUGCGCUGGACAGCCAGAAAAAGUUGAAUUUCAACUUUGUACAAUAAUAAUACAUCGGGGGCCUCGGACCGACCCAGCAGAACCAGUAGCAGAAGCAGCAACAGCAGCAGCAGAAGAGACUUGGCUCAGCCAUUUCUUAUUUGAAAUUCUUCUUUAUACACCGUUAGCAUAGACCAAGAUUCCACGAACGGGAUGAUGGCGCCAUCCCCCUCCAAGAGUUCCAAAACACAACAUCCGUCGUUUAUAAUAACGGCGGACUCGGUGGAUUCCAGUCCGGUUCCAUCCAGUCCGCCCAGUACAGAUGCUCCCAAAUCACAGUGCUCGUCACUCUCAGAUGGUGAAUCUUUCGAAUGUUACGGUGAGAACGAUAACUCGAUCUCGGAAAAUGGGGGCGUGGACCUGGAGCUGGCUCCAACCCUCAACUCCACACCAAUUAGCGAAAGCAACAACAACAACAAUGGCACUGGCAUCACCAGACACGCGUGGAGCCGCAUGAGCUUACGCGGUGCGCCCAAAAGCCAAAAUAAUGAUAAUCUGCCCAACCGGCGCUGGGGAUCGAUGCGACACUCCGGAAAGAGACAGCUGGGAUCCAAUGCCUUAGCCAACCACCUCUACCGAUCAUCGAGUUUCAACUCGUCCGGCCGCAGCUCAAACUGUGAUACAGCAGAAGACAUGUAUAGCGAUGUAAGUUUGGAGGACGUGCAAGACUUAAACCAUAAGCUAGAGAUACUACAACGACAGGUGACGAACCUGGCGGACACACAGAACAAUGCCGACGACCGCACCAGCAGGACGAAGGCAGAGUACGCCGUACUGCAAGCUCGUUAUCACAUGCUGGAGGAACAGCUAAGAGAGACGGAAUUGCGGGCGGAGGAACGCCUAGCCGAAGAGCAGAAACGACACCGGGAAUUAUUGGCCCGGGUCGAACGGGAAGCCAAACUACAGAACGAAAACUGCCAGAUUCGGAUACGGACGAUCGAAGUAGAAGCGAACCAGCUGCGCGAGGAGAUCUCCCGAUUACGGUUACAGUGCGACAAACAAGCCGCCGAUUUACACGCCACCGAGGAUAAGCUGGAAAAGACGCGUGACAAUCUGAUGAUCGCCCAACAGGAGCUGGCUGAAGCGAAAGCCAAUGAAAAGAAACACAAAGCGGACAAACAGGCAGCGGAAGAUCUGAUGGUCGAACUGGGCAAGGAAUGCGAGCGUCUUCGUACGGAACGCGGUCCCGCCCUGCCGACGACAUCACCUGAAUCCCUGCGAUUGGAAGAGCUACACCAGGAAAUGGAGGAACUGCGACAGAAAUCGAAACAACUGGAAGAAGCCAACGAGGAACUGCAAGCAAUGGUACUGACGAAAGGCGUCGAAGAAGGUCGGAAUUUGCUCAACGGUACAUCCAACAGUCUAGCACAGGAACUGGAAGCCAUGAGUCAAAAUCAAGAAACCGUUGAUUCGUCGACAUUAGCGUCAUUAACACAGCUCCAGAUUGCAUUCCAAGACAAGGAGGAAGAGAACCGCCGACUGAAACACUACAUCGAAACGAUCCUGCUGCAGGUGGUCGAACACUAUCCGCAGUUACUCGAAGUCAAGGCGGCAUAAUCGCCCUCAACCGGGCACGUCUUAUCCAAAUGCAAGUACAGGUCAAACACAGGUUAAUCUUCAGAGCGCCAGAGGCUGUCGCCAGUCGUCGGCCCCAGGGUUACCUUGUUACCUUCUAGAAUCAGUAUCAGUAACUACAACCACCACCGGUUUGUGAUGAUAAGAUGUGAUUGACGACGAGAGGAGACGGCGACAAAGCAGCAGAACCCCUCCCUCCCAGCAGAUUAGGAACUGUCACGUCCCACGAGCGAGUGUGUAUUUUAAGAAUGCAGUCGAAAGGACUUAGGAUACCUUUUGAAUAUUUAAGUUAUUUACGGAGCCGUUGCGAAUGAAGGAACGAACAUCUUACACAAGCAAUAUAUUUUAUAUGUAUUUAGACCUAGGAACUACAUCCAUACCAACACUCAAGCGAGUAGGUUCCCCCUCCUGUUUGUGUUUAGCAUUUAGGCUAAAGAGGAUGUCUUUUUUAUAUAUGUGUAUUUUAUAUAAAACUUUAAUUUUCCAAUCUCCGUUCAUAAAGGCUCGAUUUUGAUUUAUUUUCUUACUUUUAAUGAUUAAAAUCUUUUUUUCGUUGUCUGCGUUAGGUAUGAGAUCUCGCGUUGAUUAUCACAACGGCGUACUAGCAGUGGUUGAUUUCUCUCUCGGUUAUAACUUCGCCUGGCAAAUGUUUCCAGCAGUUAUCUCAUAUCAGUAGGAAGUUCUUUUAAGUACCGCAUUGUGAAAACUAACGAUAAUCGACUGAACUUCGUAAAACAAUCCAAAAAAGAAAUGGAUGAAUAGAAAUCGAUCACUGCAGAUACGCCUUUAUUACGCUCAACGCGAGAGAUCGACUGGAGCCAAAAUCAAAAAUACUAAGAGAAUGUGAAAAAUGAUACUCGGAAAACGUCUUUUAUAUCUAUGUAAUCGAAUGCCCAACAAAAUAUCAGCAUUCGAUGCUCAAUUCAAAUUCAAUUUGCGCAACAAAAGUGAUAUCAACAAGAAGCCUUAUGCUCUUUACAGAAACACAUUUUUUUUCUUAACUUGGAUUCAAACUCUGAAUGUAUCAGAUUUUGUACUAUCAAUUUUUAGUGUUAAAAGAAUAAAAUAUGGAAAUAAUCAUCGUUGGUGCUUUAGCAAACAAUUUUUCACGUCUUUUUAUGUUCCCAACGGUAGCAACAUUGAAAACCUUUGCCUAAACUUGUACCUAUUCUCAAGUUAGAGAGUUUUGUAAAUAAAUUUCCUUGUUCGUUCGUGAGUAACCUCAGUUAUAGCCCCACACGACGACCCUCCAAAAAUUGAGUUAGUCGAAAGCUCGAGCUAAAAUCAAACUGUUUUACUUACUGUAUGUUGUAACCAAUAAGCGUCAAUCGCCACGUUGAGCAUUAAACGUUGAACAGAUGAUAACGUGGAUGUUUAGUUAGACAAACGAAGCCUCUUUAUAUAUUUACACAAUCACAAAGAUAUCAACGGUCUGUUACAGUAUGGCUCUGUGUUUAAUUGAGAUUUUGUUUCUUAUUCAACACUUUAUACAGUGCUGUGCAAGGAAGGUAGAUUCUUUGGACGACGAUAUUGUACACUGAUAAAAUGUAGCAACUAACAGCAAGAUGGAACCAGAAGAUGAAAACACCCGAUGAGCAUUAAUAUAUACUACCAACUUUGUAUUAGUUGUGACUGUAGAACUAAUCGAGAUGAACUUUAUUAAGCAGGAUAUCAACAGCUAGUAAGAAUGGAAAAUCAAUUUUAAAUUGGAUGCCAAAAUAGCGUUCUACUACUAAACAGUACUGUUGUAUUAGUAAUGAUGAAAGAACAAAUAAAUACUGACUAAACCACUAAA